AGAAUAAAGUAGAGAUUAGAAUAUGUUGAUUUAAGUAUUAAGAGAAUAGAGAAAGAAAUAAAGAAGAGAUGAACAAAUAGAUAGUGAAAAUGAAUAAAAAAAGGGGAAAGAUUUAAAGAAGGAUAUAGAUGAGGAGAAGAGAGGAAGAGGAGAUUAAUGA